AUGUCAUCCACGACUAUUACUGUGAUUCUUGCAGUGAUCACUGCACUUUUCGCAUAUUACUACAAUGAUAUAAAAUAUUAUCUCGAAUUAAUAGGAUAUUUUCGUGAUGAUGCAGCUCCGUACGAUGGAAGUGGAAACUGUCGUAUUAUUUUAGGUCCAGAGGCGUGCGAAGAUAUUGUUAUUCAUCACCCGAGUGGAUACGCUUUUAUGGCGUGUGGUUUCGCAACCGCUAGAUCAACGCAAUAUUGGCCUCCACUUGCCGUUUAUACUAAUAUGAGUUUUGAGCCACGUGAUGUAGCCUGGGCUUACAAUAUUAAUACGAACAAAGCUUCAGUUUUGAAAAUUAAAAACCUUCCUGAAAAUACGGAUUUAAGCUUUCAUGGAUUAGGCAUUUACGGUGACUCAACGAAUCAUACGAAAGUAUCGCUUUUUUUUGUGAAUCAUCGCCGGACCGGAAGUGUGAUUGAAAUAUUCGAACAUACAAUAGGCACUGAAGAGCUCCUACACUUAGAAACUGUCAAGCACGAAUUAAUACAUACGCCAAAUGAUGUUGUCCCAGUUUCCGCAAAUGAAUUUUUUGUGACGAAUGAUCAUCGACACAAACAAAAAGGAAUAAGCAGACAUUUUGAAGCAUUUGCGCAAAGACCAUGGAGCAAUGUAGUUUUUCAUUCGUCUGCUUCAAAUAUUACUCGUAUCGCUGCGGAUGGAAUCGCAACCGCGAAUGGAAUUUCGGCGAGUUGGGAUAAAUCAUUAAUUUACGUUAGCUCUGCAGCUCGUGGUGAAGUGAUCGUAUAUGAACGGCGACAAGAUAAUCGACUAAUCGAAUCAGAAAGAAUACGAUUAGGUUAUCCAUUAGACAAUAUAUCAAUUGAUGAAUUGACUGGAGAAAUUUAUAUCGCUGGAUUCCCAAAAGUUUUGCGCAAUUUUGUAUAUUUUGAGGAUCCAAGUGGAAAAAGUCCAAAACCACCAAGCAUAGUACUGAAAAUCUCGAAUAACACUGAUCCAGAUCAAUACUUUGGCAAAAAGUACAAAGUGACCAAUGUUUUGGAAGCCGAUGGCGAACUCUUUCAUUCAAUCACCAUUCCUGCUGUUGAUCAUGAGAGAAAUACUUUGUUGUUGGGUUCCAUAUUUAUAGAAACUUUAAGAUGUGAUUUAAAGUGA